AUGUUUAAAACGAUUUUUUCGAGUAGAGGUAAAAGCUCAUGUCUGUUUAGUGACAAUGCAACUAACUUUGUAGGAGCUCACAAAGAGUUAAAGAAACUUGCUUCUUUAGUUACUGUACCUGAUGAAGUUUCGGGUAAGUAUUUGGCAUCUGAAAAUAUCACUUGUAAAUUUAUUCCUCCUCGUGCCUCCAAUUUUGGUGGAAUUUGGGAGGCCGGAAUCAAGUCUUUCAAAUUUCAUCUUAAAAGAACUAUUUCCGAUGCAAAACUAACAUAUGAAGAAUUUUUAACCGUAAUUGAUCAAAUUGAAGGAAUACUAAAUUCGAGACCUCUUUCUCCUUUAUCUUCUGAACCUUCAGAUUACGAACCUUUGACAGCAGGUCACUUUUUAAUAGGUAGACCCAUAAACUCAAUUGUAGAACCUCAAAUUUUAGAUUUCUCAGAAAGCAGAUUGUCAAGAUGGCAAAAAUUAACUAAAAUGAUACAGAUUAUAUGGAAACGAUGGAUAACUGACUAUGUUAAUCACUUGCAGCAAUGA